UAUGAUUAGAUGGAGAUUGGGUGCAUGACGGGUCUCGGUCUUCCACGGCAGGUGGCGCUGCUGUUCACGCCGCUGUUCCGCUCGGCGUUAAAGCAGCGUCUUUUCCCUUCACACAGCUCAAAGAGGAGAAAAUAACAAGUGGCCGGGCAGAGCAAAACACAUGGGACAUGGCUGUCGUGCUUAGGGUAGCGACUCUGCUCUGAAGAAAGAGAGUGUGUGUCUGUGUGUGUGUGUGUGUGUGAGAGAGAGAGAGAGAGAGAGAGAGAGUGUGUGUGUGUGUGUGUGUGUGUGUGUGUGUGUGUGUGUGUGUGUGUUGUUGAGCCGCCCGUGUGUUUACAGUAGCUGGAUGUGCAGCGACAGCUGAGCUGGACUCCUGUAACCCGAGGGACGGCGGCGGUGUGAUGCGGAUUUCCUCUCUCAGGGCCCCGAUCCGCUGAGAUGGAAUGGUGCAAGAAAGUACUGACAGAUAUCGCGGCCUGAACACACACCACAACAUGGAGAUCCAUCCGCUAUGCACUAAGCUUUGCCAUCAUAAAGCUGUGGAGCUGAAGGAUGACGUGUGUGAGAAGCAGAGCGCAGUCACUAUUAACCCCCGACACAUGAAGAAGGCUUUCAGGAUCAUGAACGAGUUGCGCAGUCAGAGUGUGUUGUGCGACGUGACCAUUGUUGCGGAGGACGUAGAGAUUGCGGCACACCGAGUGGUUCUGGCGGCUGGGAGCCCGUAUUUCCAUGCCAUGUUUACAGGUGAGAUGAGUGAGAGCAGACAGAAGAAGGUGCGGAUAAAGGAGAUAGACGGCUGGACGCUGGGGAUGCUGAUCGAUUAUGUGUACACUGCCGAAAUCCAGGUCACCGAAGAGAACGUACAGGUGCUGCUGCCGGCCGCCGGUCUUCUCCAGCUACAGGAAGUGAAAAGAGCAUGUUGCGAGUUUCUCUCCACUCAGCUCCACCCCACAAACUGCCUCGGAAUCCGGGCCUUCGCUGACCUGCACGCUUGCUCUGAUCUCCUCAACCUGGCCAACUCGUAUGCAGAGCAGCACUUCUCGGAGGUGAUGCAGUGUGAGGAGUUCCUCAACCUGGGCAUGGAGCAAGUGUGCAGCCUUAUCGCCAGCGACAAACUCACUAUUCCUUCGGAAGAGAAGGUGUUCGAAGCGGUCAUCGCGUGGGUCAAACACGAUAAGGAUGUGCGACAGGAACAUAUGUCUCAUCUGAUGGAGCAUGUACGCCUGCCUCUCCUCUCCAGAGAGUACCUCGUACAGAGGGUGGAGGAGGAAACGCUGGUGAAGAACAGCAGUGCUUGUAAAGACUACCUGAUUGAGGCCAUGAAGUACCACCUGCUGCCGGCCGAGCAGCGCUCCAUGAUGAAGACCGUCCGCACCAGAGUGCGCACGCCAGUCAGCUACCCGAAGGUGAUGGUGGUUGUUGGGGGCCAAGCACCGAAAGCUAUCCGCAGUGUGGAAUGUUAUGACUUUGAAGAGGAGAGAUGGUUCCAGGUGGCAGAACUGCCAUCCAGACGAUGUCGAGCAGGCGUAGUGUACAUGGGUGGCAUGGUGUACGCUGUCGGAGGCUUUAACGGCUCUCUGCGUGUGAGGACAGUGGACGCGUACGACCCUGUGAAAGACGAGUGGUGCUGCGUGAGCAGUAUGCAGGACCGGAGGUCCACACUAGGUGCCGCUGUUCUCAACGGACUCCUUUACGCCGUGGGUGGUUUUGAUGGCAGCACAGGUCUGGCUACUGUUGAGGCGUACAACUCGAAGACCAACGAAUGGUUCCACAUAGCUCCCAUGAACACCCGGCGCAGCAGCGUAGGAGUGGGCGUGGUCGGAGGUAUACUGUAUGCAGUUGGUGGAUAUGAUGGAGCGACACGUCAGUGUUUGAGCACCGUGGAGGCGUAUAACCCGAACACCAACGAGUGGUCAUACGUAGCAGAGAUGGGCACGCGGCGCAGCGGAGCAGGGGUGGGUGUGCUGAAAGGACUGCUGUAUGCGGUGGGCGGGCACGACGGCCCGUUAGUCAGGAAGAGCUGUGAGGUGUACGACCCCGUCUCCUGCACCUGGAAACAAGUGGCCGACAUGAACAUGUGUCGCCGGAACGCAGGAGUGUGUGCAGUCGGCAAUCUGCUGUAUGUGAUCGGGGGUGACGACGGCUCUUGUAACCUGGCGUCGGUGGAGUUUUAUAAUCCCAGUACGGAUAAGUGGACCAUAUUGCCAAGCUGCAUGAGCACCGGGCGCAGCUACGCAGGUGUGACGAUCAUUGAUAAACCUCUUUGAGCAACUGAAGAGUUGAAACUCUGUUGAAGUGGAAGCUGAAAAUAAGCUGAUGUGAUGCUGAGGUGUGGCUCACACUGAGGACGAGGCUGAAGCUUCCUCCUGGAGCUGCUUCAUGAUUCAGAAGGCCUGGACAACACUGCUCUCUCUCUCUCUCUUUCUCUCUCUCUUUUUCUCUCUCACACACACUCUCUCUCUCUGUGUCUCUCUAUCUCUCUUCCUGUCUCUCUCGAUAACACUUGGUCUGCAUCUCUUUGCCUCUCUGUCUCUACCUGUCUUUAUAUCUCUGUCUGUUUAUCGCUUUAUCUUCAUCUCUCUCUGUCUCAAUUUCUCUAUCUGUCUUUCACUCUCUUUCUCGUUUACGUAGUCACUCACUACUCACACAUUUUUCCCUCUUCUUUCUUCUUUUUCUUGUUGUCCCCCCCUCUCUUUCUCUCUCUCUCUUUCUGCCUCUUCCUUAUAUUUGAGAGUAGUUACAGUAUGAUGAAGAUUUUUGCACUUUUACAGCAAAGUACUAACCAAGCGCGAUGGUUCAAACUCUAACGUAACGUAAAGGAUGCCUCUGAAAACACUAGCGUAACGUUCCAGCGUCUGUGGGCGGGGUUGGUAGUGAACCCGUAGACCUGAAGGAAACCCCUCACUCAUCGUGGAUGUGUUUGACUCGGAACGGGACCCGAUUAAAACGGACCAGCACUUUCUCGCUCUGAAUCUCUGAAAGUCGCUGGACUGAAGAGAUGAUUUUAUGAAGAAGGAUGGACUAAUGGACUAGAUUGCUGUUAUUCGAUUUUAUGGCAGGAACGAGAGCUGCUAAUCUACAAGCAAAAGCUGCAUCGGGUGAACAUUAAUAGGAGAUUUGCGCUUGCAUUUCUCGAGUUUUUUUUUUUUUUUUGCCAAACCACGGUUGAAAAGUCUUAACGCUGAACAUUUCUUCAUUUCUUACGCACCGCGUCUUUUAACUUUGCGACCCGUCUGGGUGUGAAUAUCGGUUCUGGAUGUAUCCGUGAUGCGCUGCUCUGCUGCUGCGUGUGUCUGAGCAUGUGUGUCAUUUCGGAUUGCUGCUGGCUGCUCGGCUGUGGAAGUGCUUUUGCAUGGAUCUAGGUUUUCGUGGUUUUGUGUGUGUGUGUGUGUGCGUGCGCGUGUGUACUGUUUUUAAACUACUGCAGUCAUCUGUUCAGUGAAGAAUGGGACACUGCGUCGCUCUGCCAACUGCUGAACACUGACCAAACGUGUACAAAUGUUCUCUUUCUUUCCUUUCCUUUUAUCUUCUGUACCUUUUCUAUUCUCAGUUCUGUACUCUCUCUAGUAUUUCUAUUUCUCUAUUAUUAAUUAUUGUAAUCAAUAUUAAAACUAAGCAUUGGUCAAGAGGAAUGCAGCGCAUUUGAACCAUUUCAUAAUGUGUUUUAUAUCAUGAAUAAUAAACAUGCUUCUUGUAUUUAAA